CAGAGCCAUCCUCAAGCUUGAGAAACAGAAACUCAUAAACAUAAACCCCUGGAAGAAUUAGUACACUGAAAGGGUUAUUUCCACAAACGUGACUUCAAAAUGAGUUCUGCAGAGGAUCGACAACACGGGACAAAAAGACCUGCAUCUCCAAACGAAUAUCCUGCACAGCUAGGAUCCACCAGUUGGGAAGCGGCUGAUUUGGGCAACGACGAAAGGAAACAGAAGUUUCUUCGGCUGAUGGGCGCCGGAAAGAAAGAGCAUACUGGACGUAUUGUCAUUGGAGAUCACAAGUCAACCUCAAACUUCAGAACAGGAGCGGAGGAUAAGAAGAUUAACUUGGAGCUGGAGCACCAGUACCAGCAGGGCAUGGAUGACAAGCUCUCAGGCAGGAACCGGAGGCACUGCGGUCUGGGAUUCAGCGAGCUACCCCCAGCUACAGAGAACGAAACGACGGAGCGCUCAGAGAAAGAGAAAGAUAAAGAGGCCAGCACAGAGCCUGCAGGAAAAGAGCAGGAACCGGAGAAGGAGACGUCUGCAGAGCCCAGCGAGUCUAGGCACCAGGAGCUGGAAGCAGACAGCACAGACGACAAGAAAGAAGACAAGCGGCACAGCUUCAAGGUGGCAUUUGUGAAGUCGUCCUAACACCUGGCCGGAGAACAGCCCCUUUUAACAUCCCAACAUUGUGUGUCUGUGUGUGUGUGUGUGUGUGCGCGUGU